AUGUCUCAAAAUAAAGUUAAAACAUUGGAGAAAGAUCAUAUUACUCUAGUAAAUAAAUUAUCUGAUAAAAACUUGAAUGAGCAUGAGAUAGAUCUUCAAGACUUUAUCAUGACAGGUAUUGAAAGAACCAAACUUGCUUCCAUAAUAUAUGGAUUAAGCAAGAGCAAAGGAAAAGGUAUGGUUUAUAAUGAGAAUAAGGCUAAAGCUCAACUCAUAAAAACCUCAGAUGCUUCUCCUUCAAGAAAUUCUCAAACAGGUCUAAAAACUUGUUUUGUGUCUGCUUCUGACCAGGGUAAAAGUCUGAAUAAAUCAGAAUCCAAGAUGAUUGAAUCAAAGGUUAUGAAUAAACCAAUACCUAAGAUGUCAAAAUCAAAGGUUCUUGCUACGAUUUUAACUUUGUGGUUAGCAGACAAAUCUGGUCGCCGACUUUUACUUAUUGUUUCUUCAUCUGCAAUGGCUUUGAGUCUUUUGGUUGUUUCAAUAUCAUUCUACUUGAAGGAAUAUAUAUCACCAGAUUUUGAUUUAUAUGCGACAUUGAGCCUCGUCAUAGUUAUUGCAUUCUCUCUGGGAUUAGGAGCAAUGCCAUGGAUUAUAAUGUCUGAGAUUCUUCCGAUUAACAUCAAAGGCCUAGCUGGAAGUUUUGCAACACUUGCCAAUUGGUUCUUUUCCUGGUUGGUUACAUUAACAGCAAAUUUGCUCUUGGAUUGGAGUUCGGGAGGAACCUUCACAAUAUAUACUGCAGUGUGUGUUUUCACAGUAGGAUUUGUUGCCAUUUGGGUCCCCGAGACAAAGGGAAAAACUCUUGAAGAAAUACAACAGUUUUUCAGAUGA